GGGUGUCUUACAUCAGCCCGGGUGAAGGCGACUGACGGUCUGAGGGCAAGCAAGCGAGAAGGGCUCUGAUUGUAACAUCCAGCCGUCCUGACUCACUGGAAUAAUCCCGAACAAAUGGUCUGAACGGAUAGGACGUCUUAAAAAUUGUAGGCCUGUCUCUGUGCAUGUGUUUGGGAUGAAGCGCCUGUGGGACGUCCACUUCCUCCUCCUCAUCCUCCUCUACCUGUUAGGAGCUGUCACAUCCCAGGUCAACCCAGGUGUGUGUCGGUAUCCUCUGGGCAUGUCUGGAGGGAAGAUACAGGACGAGGACAUCUCUGCCUCCAGCCAGUGGUCGGAGUCCACAGCCGCUAGAUAUGGCAGGUUGGACUUUGAGGAGGGCGAUGGCGCUUGGUGUCCAGAGAUAACAGUGGAGCCAGACAGCCUGAAGGAGUUUCUCCAGAUCGACUUGCGCUCGCUCCACUUCAUCACCCUCGUUGGCACCCAGGGGCGUCAUGCGGGCGGCAUGGGAAAUGAGUUCUCCCAGAUGUACAAGAUUAAGUACAGCCGCGAUGGAAGCCGCUGGAUCUCGUGGAGAAACAGGCAGGGCAAGCAGGUGAUUGAAGGAAACAGGAACGCGUACGACAUCGUGCUCAAAGACCUCGAGCCGCCCAUCAUCGCUCGCUUCGUCCGCUUCAUGCCCGUCACUGAUCACUCCAUGAACGUCUGCAUGAGAGUGGAGCUCUACGGCUGUGAAUGGCUGGAUGGUCUCGUUUCGUACAACGCUCCAGCAGGAGAACAGAUGAACUUGCCGAUUCAUCCUGCCUCCCUCAACGAUUCUGUCUACGAUGGAGCGGUCAUCCACAGUAUGACUGAGGGCUUGGGCCAGCUGACUGAUGGAGUGUGUGGCCUGGAUGACUUCACACACAGUCACGUCUACAAUGUGUGGCCCGGCUAUGACUACGUGGGCUGGACCAACGAGAGCUUCCCCAGUGGAUAUGUGGAAAUCAUGUUUGAGUUUGAUCGCAUACGCAACUUCACCACCAUGAAGGUCCACUGCAACAACAUGUACUCGCGGCACGUGAAGGCUUUCCGCCAGGUGUUGUGUUACUUCCGCUCUGAGGCAGACUGGGAGGCCACGCCGCUCUCCUUCAUCCCCGUGGAGGACGAGAAGAAUCCCAGCGCGCGCUUCCUCACCGUCAACCUGGCCAAUCAGAUGGCCAGCGCCAUCAAGUGCCAGUUCUACUUUGCAGACGCCUGGAUGAUGUUCAGCGAGAUCACCUUCCAGUCAGAUACAGCCAUGUACAACACAACGCUGUCUCCACCCAAGACAGGACUGCCUCCUAACAUACAACCAGAGGAUGACCCCACUCACAAAAUAGAUGAUAGCAACACCCGGAUCCUGAUUGGUUGUUUAGUGGCCAUCAUCUUCAUCCUCGUGGUCAUCAUUGUCAUCAUCCUGUGGAGGCAGGUGUGGCAGAAGAUGUUGGAGAAGGCCUCUCGCCGGAUGCUGGACGAUGAACUAACUGCUAGUUUGUCAAUACAGAGUGAUACGUUCGUCUACAACCACAACCAGUCGAGCACAAUCAGCGAGCAGGAGUCUAACGCCACCUACGAACGCAUCUUCCCCCUCGGCCCAGACUACCAUGAGCCGUCACGCAUCAUAUGUAAACUACCGGAGUUUGCUCAGAGCUCAGAGGAGCCUGCUUCUACCAGCACAGCAGCGUCUAAUUCCACCUCAAUGUCUGCAGUGCAAGAUGGCGCCCCUCACUACGCCGAGGCCGACAUUGUCAACCUGCAGGGUGUGACGGGAAGCAACACGUACGCCAUCCCUGCGCUAACUAUGGACCUGCUGUCAGGGAAGGACGUUGCAGUGGAGGAGUUUCCACGAAAGAUGCUCACGUUCAAAGAGAAGCUGGGAGAGGGCCAGUUUGGAGAGGUGCACCUGUGUGAAGCUGAGGGGAUGCAGGAGUUCAUGAAUAAAGAGUUUUUAUUUGACAUCCCCGAGGACCAGCCAGUUUUAGUGGCUGUGAAGAUGCUCCGUUCAGACGCCAGCAAAAAUGCAAGGAAUGACUUCCUGAAAGAGAUAAAGAUCAUGUCACGUUUGAAGGACCCCAACAUCAUCCGCCUGCUAGCUGUGUGCAUCUACAGCGACCCUCUCUGCAUGAUCACAGAGUACAUGGAGAACGGAGAUCUCAACCAGUUUCUGUCCCGCCACGAACCUGAGGGACAACUCGCCCUGCUCAGCAACGCACCUACUGUCAGUUUCAGUAAUCUGUGCUACAUGGCGGCUCAGAUCGCGUCGGGGAUGAAGUACCUCUCCUCUCUGAACUUUGUCCAUCGAGACUUGGCCACGCGGAAUUGCCUGGUUGGCAAAAGCUACACGAUAAAGAUCGCUGACUUUGGCAUGAGCAGAAACCUGUACAGUGGGGACUACUACCGCAUCCAGGGCCGAGCGGUGCUGCCGAUACGCUGGAUGUCAUGGGAGAGCAUCCUGCUGGGUAAGUUCACCACAGCCAGUGAUGUGUGGGCCUUUGGAGUGACGCUGUGGGAGAUACUGAACUUCUGCAAGGAGCAACCCUACUCUCAGCUUACUGAUGAGCAGGUGAUAGAAAACACAGGGGAGUUUUUCAGGGACCAAAAAAGACAGAUAUACCUGCCUCAGCCUGUGCUGUGUCCGGACUCGCUCUACAAGAUCAUGCUGAGCUGCUGGAGGAGGAACACAAAGGAACGGCCCUCCUUCCAGGAAAUACAGCGAGCCCUCCUGGAUAUACAGCCUUAAUCUGGGGCAAUGUUUAAGACAGUGUUGGUGCAAGACAAGAGUAGACCAUGAUUCAGACACAAUCCAGGUUGAAUCCAACAUGUUUCAGUGGAGACAUAUGAUGAGAGCCUCCUGCUACGACUGUUUCAUUGGCUCUACAAAGAUGGACUACCAAAGACUUUUUAUGUGUCUCAUAACAAAUAUUCUGAAGGUUGUGUUGAUGAAGCCAAAAUUAAAUGUAGCAAGUGACAUUCGGCACUUUUUAAAAUGUAUAUUAUUUCCAUUUUAUAAUUUCAAAUUUCCCAUUUUACAGUUCUUGAUUACAUCGAAAAACGUUCUUGUGUUUUCUUUGGAAGACUGCUUGAAUGAAGAGGGAUGUUGCAGCCAACAAUUUUGGUUGCAUUUCAAACAUUACAUCUUAGUUUUAGAGCUCCGCACAUUGAGAAUAUCAUCAAGCAUCACAGUGUUUCUCAUCUCUCUGCAGUCUUCCAUCUGUGAUUUGAACAUGAAGUGUACAUGACUGUGUUUGUUUAAAAGAGAAGUCUAAAUCUCAAAUAACAAUAUUUUGUAUUAAUAUUUAUAUGUUUAAAUGUGUUUUUUCUGUUCAUCUUUUGUCGCUUUAGUUGUGAAUUAAUAUUCUCUUUAAAUUGACAUGUUUGGAGCAUCAUAUUUGAUGUGAUUCAGUAACUUUCCCGCUCACAUUUUGGGAUCGCCCAAACAUUUCUUAUUUCCUACUUUCAACUGUUAUCAUCUUGCAUUCAUCACAAACUAAUAUCACUGUUUGAUAGGUGAUCAAAUAAUGCAACAUGCUUAUCUUGAACACAGGCUGUGUUUUGAUAUGUUGGUUUAAAGGAUGCCCUGUUGUGCUUUCAUGGAGUUUUCUCUUUCCUUCAGUAUGUUAUACAGGUUUCUGAUGCAUGUAAAUGGUCUGUAAAGACUUAAAUCCCUGUGUUCCCACCAAAGGGAGUUUCUCAACAUUAAAGCAUGUAAACAUGGCACAACAGAGGCACAAAAUACAAACAUGAAACCGUAAAAUGAGCAUAAUAGGUCCCCUUUAACAGUAUGUGUCACUAGGAAGAUGCUACCGAAUGUGUUGUGAGUGUUGAAGAAGGCCUACCUGCUUAUAGUUUGUUUCAGUUGACAAAGAAAGUGUAUUUCCUUUUUAAAUGAGAAAUGUGAAGGAAAUUGUAGAAAUACAACCAGCUGAAGACUCACCUGCAAUUUUAGUUAUCAGUUUGUUCUUUCUUUUACUGAUGUAUACUGGAAUCUUUCCUCUGAUUUCCUCAUACUUCUGUGUAUAACUAUCUACUAGCUUGAAUUUAAUACUGCAUACCACUGUUUGUUUUUCAGCCACUUCAGCCGUAUUUUACAGGCUCUCCCCUCUUAUCAGAGGCCUUUGUCCCACUAACCUUCUCCAUAAAAGAGACCAUUAUCUUCCCUUACGUGUGGUGUUUAAACUUUUAUGGUGAAAUCACCCAUAUCUCUCUGUGUAUAAUAGUCUGAGUUAACCAUGAUAUUCAUUUUGGAGACACAUGUGAUCGUUGUGAAGAAUUUGGUGAUUCCCAUUGGAUAAAUAAAUAUUUUCACCAAAUCUUCUAUCAUCUCAGUUUUGAAUUAAAUGACUAUGGGGCUGAUAUAUAGCUGUAACAAUCUAGUGGCACCCUGACAGAUUUCAUAAUUGGUUUUAUUACACAUUUGUACUCAAUGCUUUUCAGUGAAAAUGAUUUUAAAAAUGUUGUACAUUGGUGGACAAAACACAAAUAAAAUUGUAACUGGGAACUCUA